AUGUCAGUGGAAGCUUCCGAGAGAAUUUCCAGCACCCCGGCUGCGUCUCAUUUCACUUCUUCCGCUCAUCGCGGCGGGAAUUCCGGCGCAGUUUCCGGCGGGAAGCCCUCCGCAAUCGCCACUGCGAAGUCGGCAGGAGGGGGAAACGCGGGGGGAGCAGCUUCGGAGAACCUUCCAGGCCUCAAGGCCGGCAAAGGCAGCGGGGGAGGGGGGUCUCAGAGCGGUAGCGGCGCCGGGGGAACUGGCGGAACUCACGGGGUGGGAGGAGGAGGGGGAGGGGGAGGGGCAGGCGGAGGAACGUUGGGGGAAAGAAGCUCGAUGGUUGGCGGAGGGCUGGGGGGAGGCGGAACAGGAACCGGCGGGUUUUCCAGCGCAGGCGUUAGUGUGGGGGGCAUCGGCGGAAGCAGCAACGCCGGUGGUGGCAUGGGCGGCGGCAGCAUAGGCAGCAUAAGUCCCAUAACCGGCGGUGCAGGUGGGGGGGGUGGGGGAGGUGGCGCAGUUGGCGCAGGUGCGGGGGCUGGCGGGGGUGGCGGAAGUAGCUCACAGUCGCUUGGCGCGCAGCCGUCGCUGCUAAGCAAUGGCGCGGCGCCGGGGGGGAGCUUUGAGGCGGAGAGAUUAAGGACGUACCGCCAGUGGUUCCACGAGCUGGACUCGCAGCGCAGCGAGUUAAUCUCCUCCGGCACCAAAGGCCCGGUUCUUAAGCUAUUGGAGUGCGAGAUCAGGUGUCUGGAGGAGCUGGUGAUGCUGGGCACCAAGCUCGGCGCGCUGUGCUGCUCGCCCAUAGGCGGGGAGGCCGCCAGGCUCUCCGCCCCCGCCGCCACUGCCAUCCCCGGCAAGCCCCGCCUAGGUGGUGGGGUGGACUCCUGGCCGUCAGAUGAUCCCCUAUCGCCAGUGGACGGUCUAGAUCUGUCGUUGGUCACGGACAUGCUGCUCCUCUCUGCCACGUCACCAUGGACCGUCUACGUGGCAGAUAGGACAAAUUGGCGGCUGUGCUAUGUCUCCCCCAGCGUCCGCGCCACUCUCGGCUGGCGCCAGGCAGAGCUAGUAGGGGAGCACGCCUUUGCAGCGUGCCAUGCAGACGACCUGCCGCGCAUCCAGCGCAUGAUAGACGACCUUCCCUCACGCCGCUUGACAGAGGAUCGCCGCUUGCUAGACGACCGCCGCUCGCCGCCCCUCUCCCUCACGCCGCCCACCGCCUCUGCUGCUGCUCGUCUGUUCCGAUCCGGGUCGGCGGGGAGUCCCAGAGGGGUGGGCGUGGGGGAUUCGCUGGGUAGCAGCCCGGGCGGCAGUGCGGGCGGCGGGUGCAUCUUUUACCGGAGGUUAAGGCGGAAUAGGAGCUACGCGACGGUGCAGGCCACUGGGAGGGCUCUGGGCGCGAGGUGGUUUGCAUGGAUCGAGUUUGUCACUGAUGAUUCUUCUGCCCCUCUGUCACUGGACAACUGGUCGUCCGAUCUCACCAUGUCGCCAUCCACGCUGCUCUCCCCCAUGGAGUCCCCUUCUAGCCCCCACACCAUUGCCGCCGCCCUCAAGCGCCGCCCGGGCGGCAUGGGCAGCAGCAGCCUAAGCGCGGGCGGCUUAAGUGCCGGUGGCUUAAGUGGGGGAGGUUUAGGCGGGGGAGGUUUGAGCGGGGGGGGUUAA